AUGGAGCUUGCACUUGAAAAUCCAUUAGCGAGCUUCGAAGACCAGCAAUACGACGGCGUUUCAGCUCUCUUCGCCAAUGAAUCAGACCACAUGCCUUGUCUAUUCUCCUUCAAAUCUUCAGAUGUUCGUUUCUUUAUUCGCCGCAAUGCCGUCUCACAAAUCCAUCAUGCGCAGCUGUCUUAUGGUUUAGAUCCGUUUAUGGUCUACCUCUCUGUCAAUUACAUCGAUCGAUUCCUCUCUAAACAACAAAUUCUGGAGAAAAAGCCGUGGAUUGCUCGAAUUCUGGUAGUUGCAUGCCUUUCGCUUGCUGCGAAGAUGAGGAACUGCAAUUUAUCAAUUUCACUUUCCGAUUUAAAGAGUGAAAAAUGUUUUGAGUUCGAUGCACAUUCAAUUCAGCGAAUGGAGGCAAUCGUUUUGGGGGCUCUGGAAUGGCGAAUGCGAUCGAUCACACCUUUCUCGUUUCUCCAUUAUUUCAUCUCUCUCUUCGAAAUCGACGACUCUUCCUUAACUAUGGCUCUCAAACAACGAUCUUCAUGCAUCAUCAUCAAUUUGCAAUAUGAAUUAAAGCUUCUACAGUAUAAACCAUCAACAAUUGCAGCCUCGGCGCUUCUCUGUGCAACUCAGGACUUAAUUCCACUGAAGUUUACUUCAUUUAAAGACGAAAUUUCUUCUUGUGAAUACGUAAAUCAAGAGAAGUGGUUGGAUUGCUUGCGAGCAAUGCAAGAGAUGUUGACGAAUGGUUACAAGUCAAAUCUUCAUGCAUCACCAAGUUGUACGUCGACCCCAGUGAGUGUCCUUGACCUCCAACGUACAAGAUCUGAAAGCGAUAAUGCCACUACAUUCAACUCUGUAAACACUGUAAUUCUGGACACAGACAGCACCAACAAACGGCGGAGAUUGAAUGGUUUGUCCGGCAAUCGAACGUUCAAGAUUUCACAGACUCAGCAGUGUUGA